CCUUCAUUCUGUCAAUUACAAUCGUAUUUGCUGAAGACACCGCCGGUGGAAACGGCGAAGAGCUAUUUUUGAAAUUCAGUUUCUCUAUCUUCUCGGAAAUUGUCAAUUACGAUUCGUGCAAUAGCAGUUAGUUGGAGGAAUUCGAUCAAAUGGAAGUUGUUUUUGAGUUGAGGAUUUGACUGCUGUUUUGAUUGUUCUUGGGGCACUUCCGUGAAGAAGGUGUUCGUGGGCAACAACACGAUCGACUGAAAUCGAGGAAUCGAGAAACGUAUACAAUUGUUGAGUGCUGUAAAAAAAGGUGCUUGUGGGCAACAACACGAACGAUCUUGGUGGAGGAAUUAAGAAAACUUCGCAACUGUUCAGUUUAGGUGCCUUGCCAUUUAUUUGGCAUACAUGGCUACUCCUAAGCCUCGCACCGGUAGUUUCUCUCGCAAUGUUUCUACAACAUCCAACAUGGCCUCGCCGAUCCCCGGGCUGAAGCAUGGUCCAAACGGGACGAAUUUUCUUUCAUCCGGAAUUCCAGAUCUUGACAGGAUUUUGGGAGGUGGUUUUGCAUUGGGAAGUCUAGUGAUGAUUAUGGAGGACACCGAAGCACCACAUCAUAUGUUGUUGUUGAGAAAUUUUAUGUCUCAAGGGCUGGUUCAUUACCAGCCUCUUAUCUAUGCCAGUCCUGCAAAAGACCCGAGGGGGUUUCUUGGAACUUUGCCUAGCCCAGUUGUCUCUAAGGAUGAUAAAUCUCGUGUUCACGACACAGAGAAUGAGAAUGGAUUGAGAAUUGCUUGGCAAUACAAAAAGUAUUUUGGUGAAAAUAAUUCAGAAUCUCAAAGAGAUGGGAAGUCGGAGUAUUGUGGUGAAUUUGACUUGCGGAAGCCCCUUGAGAGGCACUUCUUCAGUCGACAGAAUAUCGAUUGUGUUAGCCUUACAGAAUUUGCUGAUCUUGCCUCAUUUCAUGAACGCUGUUCAACCUUAUUAGCUCAAAAUUCUCGAAACAAUGGAAGCUCAAACAUCACAGGUGGUCGUAUUGCUAUUCAGUCACUCUGCUCUCCUCAAUGUGAAUUCUUCAAUAAGGAAUGGGAGAUGCUUUCUUUCAUACGCUCGCUUAAAAGCGUGAUCAGAUCGUCAAAUUCAGUUGCGGUCAUAACCUUUCCACCAUCGCUCGUCUCCACAGCCUUCUCCAAACGGCUGCAGCAUUUGGCCGACACCUUAGUUUCAGUCAAAGCAAUUCUAGACGAAGACAAGGAACUUGCUAAGCUUCUUACGGGAUAUCAGGACAUGGUCGGUCUCCUCAGCGUCCACAAAGUUGCGCGCAUCAAUACACAGGUCCCUACAAUUCUUGAGACGACGACGUACUCCAUGAAACUGCAUAAACGGCGAUCCUUAAUCCUCGAAUGUCUGAACCAAGCCCCUGUAGAUGGCUCGAGUGGAAACUCUUACGCAUCAUCCGGUAGCUGUUCCGGAUCUUUCAAGACGGGCCCUCUCGACUUCUAGUCGCGCUGUCUAUAUAUAUACACACACGUAAGUUUUCCAGGCUUUGGAUGAUCCUUUGAUGCAUGUGUGAUCCUUAAAUGUUGUCCAGACAUUUCUUGCUGAUUGCAAGAAACUGUUGUUUAACUUAUAUUACUUGAGAAAGAUCCGCUCAUUGAAAAUAGUAAAAAUUUUAAAUUUGGAAAAAGUGAAGAACUUUGAAAGAACCAGUUCAAUGUUACAAACAAACUAGAACAUUACAUGCCGUGUAAUAUUAUUGCAUGCAUAUGCAUAAGUAGUGUCUCUCUUUAUUCUUAAGCAGCAAACAUACCAAAAACACACAAGGGAAACAUUACACUGCAUUCUCAUUCGGGUUUCAGUGAUUUUUCGACGUCGAUCACGAAACGGUACUUGACGUCGGAUUUCAGGAGGCGCUCCAUCGCGGUAUUGAUGUAGUCGAUCGGGAUGAUCUCGACGUCCGGCAGGAUGUUGU